CCAAUCUCUUUCUACUCUUUUGCCUUACUGCAAUCACUUCCCUUGACCUCUCUCCCAAACUUCUUCCUACUAAGAAGAAAUCAUGGUUGGAGCCUUGGUGGGUGCAAUCGUUGGAUCAUUGCUCUCUGUAUCCCUUAAGGCGGCUUAUGACAAGUUGACUUCUCCUGAGGUUGUCAACUACUUCAAGCGAAAGAACAAUGAUUUAUUGCUGACAAAAUUGAAGAUGCUGCUGAAUUCUGCUGAUGCAGUACUCAUUGAUGCGGAGGAGAAGCAAAUUACAAACUCAGCCGUGAAAAAGUGGCUGGACGAUCUCAGAGAUGCUGUUUAUGUUGCGGAUGACCUCCUGGAUGACAUAGGCACUGAAGCCUUAGUAGCUGAAUUUUCGGAUGAUAAUGAGUGGAGUUUACAGAGUCUUCACUCUCUCAAAGAAUUCAUUAUUGCCUAUCCAAGUAAGGCGUCGUUGCCCCCUAGUCUUAUCCGAUUCUCCAUCUUAACUUUUCAAAAUCUGAAAUUGCUGGAUGGUAAGGGACUUCAACACCUCACCUCGCUCCAAGAAUUGUCGAUUAUUUGGUGUAAAAAUAUUGACAAGUGCUGUAAGCUGAAACCAUGGUGUAAGAAUUGGUCCAAGAUUGCUCACAUCGAGGUUGACAACAAAGUGAUUCCACGUAAGCCAUAA